UCUCUCUUUCUUGCUGUGGGGGCAGUGAUGCAGGUAUGACACAGCCCUGUUCUCCCUCCGCUGGGAUCCCCUCUGGUGCAUCAUUAACAUGCACUGGCUGGCUGGGCUGCAUCAUUGUUACAGGAGAUUCCAGUGCAGUGCAGCCCUCUUUCUUGGAACUCCGGAGCUGAACUGAGCCCAGAGCAGCAGCAGAAGCAAAUAACUUCACAUUACAGCGUCGCCUGGCGCCCUCCCUCCCGCACCUGCUCUCCCACUCUGUCUGCAGCCUCCCUAUCCUCCACCUGCUUUGUUGCUGGUGUGUGUGUUUUUUGUGGUGGCUGAUGGACUCGUCCACUGCUGGUGCCUCUGUUCCGUUUGCAGUGGGAUGAUCGGCUUGGCUCGCAGAGCAUUUACUCCUAAUCCCCAGCUUGUGACAGCCUAGUGGCAAAGGCAGCUCUUCCAGGGGCUGCUGUGGGUGAGAGCAGUGGGGGAAAUGACUGGCAAAUGGCUGGUGAUUCUGGGAUGAAACAUUCCUAGUUCUGGGCAUGACCUUCAUCAGCACAAUGGAUCAGAAAAAAGAGCAACCUGCCAAGUCUUCCUAGCUCCUAGUUGUACAAAGUUCCUGAUCCCUCACAGAUCUCCAGUCAACAAUCCCAACUACACCUUCCCUCCUACUGAAAGAAGCAAGUCAACAAAGUCUAGCUCAAACCUGAAAUGUUACCAAAAGCCCUGUAAGAAACUCCCCCCUGAAAUUUUACAGCCAGCUCAGUGCACUGCGCAUCAGAUUCCAGAUCGGAGGGAAGUUAUGUUUGUGUAGCUAGUAGCAGAGAUUGCACAAAUAAAUAAACACGCAACUAUAUUCAAGAUUAUACACACCGUGCUAUACUGUGUGUAGAAGUAUAUACUCAGAAUGGAUGAUCGGUAUAGAAACAACGCAAAUCUGUAUCAAGGGGCUAAGGACAUAGCUAGAGAGGUGAACCAGGUGUCAGAUGACUACCGGUAUCAGGAUGGCAACUAUGCACCUUCAGAUGGCUAUUACCGUGAUGGGACCCAAGAAGAGGAUGCCCAGAGCGAUGCCACGGAAGGCCAUGAUGAGGAAGAUGAGGUCUACGAAGGAGAGUACCAGGGCAUCCCUCACCCAGAUGACAUUAAGGGCAAACAGAAGAAGAAAGCCCCUGCCAUGGCCGAUGAGUUUAGAGACAAGGCUGAGCUCAUAGCCGAGCGGAUGGAGGAUGAGGAACAGCUUGCCCACCAGUAUGAGAACAUCAUCGAGGAGUGUGGCCACGGGCGCUUCCAGUGGAUGCUCUUCUUUGUUUUAGGCUUGGCACUGAUGGCGGAUGGAGUGGAGGUGUUUGUGGUUGGCUUUGUUCUGCCCAGUGCUGAGAAGGAUAUGUGCUUGUCCAGCUCAAACAAAGGGAUGCUAGGGCUGAUAGUCUACCUGGGAAUGAUGGUGGGAGCUGUCAUUUGGGGUGGCCUGGCAGAUAAACUGGGAAGGAAGAAAUGCCUCAUCAUAUCACUCGCAAUCAACGCUGCCUUUGCAUUCCUCUCCUCCUUCGUCCAGGGAUAUGGAUUCUUCCUUUUCUGCCGCCUUAUCUCCGGCCUCGGCAUCGGGGGAUCCCUCCCCAUCGUCUUUGCUUAUUUCUCUGAAUUCCUAUCUCGUGAGAAGAGGGGGGAACACCUGAGCUGGCUCUGCAUGUUCUGGAUGAUCGGUGGCAUUUAUGCCUCUGCAAUGGCUUGGAGCAUCAUUCCCCACUAUGGCUGGGGUUUCAGCAUGGGAACCAAGUAUCACUUCCACAGCUGGAGGGUAUUUGUAAUCAUCUGUGUUCUGCCCUGUAUCUCUUCAUUGGUGGCACUUAAAUUCAUGCCGGAAAGUCCACGUUUUUUGCUAGAGAUAGGUAAACAUGAUGAAGCCUGGAUGAUUCUCAAGCAAGUUCAUGAUACCAACAUGCGGGCCAAGGGGGAGCCGGAGAGGGUGUUUACGGUCGCCCACAUCAAAACUCCAAAGCAAAUAGAUGAGUUUAUUGAAAUCCAGAGCUCAACAGGGGCAUGGUACCAGCGCUGGUUGGUCAGAUUCACGACCACAUUAAAACAGAUCUGGGACAACCUGUUGUAUUGCUUGACAGCCCAGUACAAGAUGAAUACACUGAUUCUGGCUAUGGUUUGGUUUUCAAUGGCCUUUAGUUACUAUGGCCUUACUGUUUGGUUCCCUGACAUGAUCCGAUAUCUCCAGAAUGAGGAGUAUGACUCCCGACUCAAAACCUUCAAUCGGGAACAUGUAACGCACUUCACCAUAAACUUCACACUGGAAAACCAGAUCCAUAGGAAUGGGGUAUUUGUCAAUAUUAAGUUUGCUAAGAUGAAAUUCAAAGAUGUGACUUUUGAGGACAUGCUGUUUGAGGAAUGCUAUUUUGAAGAUGUGACAUCCACCGAGACCGUCUUCAAAAACUGCACCAUUUUAGCCACUGUCUUCUAUAACACUGAUCUUUAUGAAGACAAAUUCAUCGAGUGCAGGUUUAUAAACGUCACCUUCCUGGACCAGAAGGAGGGAUGUCACUUGGACUUCGAGCAGGAAAACGACUUCCUAAUUUAUCUCGUCAGUUUCCUGGGUAGUUUGUCCGUGUUGCCUGGCAACAUCAUCUCAGCACUGCUCAUGGACAAAAUAGGAAGGAUAAAGAUGAUUGGUGGCUCAAUGCUGAUUUCUGCAGUGUGCUGCUUCUUUCUGUUCUUUGGCAAUAGUGAGUCUGCGAUGAUUGGCUUGCAGUGUCUGUUCUGCGGGGCCAGCAUUGCUGCCUGGAAUGCCCUGGACGUGAUCACCGUGGAGCUCUAUCCCACCAGUAAACGAUCAACAGCCUUUGGCAUCCUCAACGGUCUCUGCAAGUUUGGUGCCAUCCUGGGGAACUCUAUCUUUGCUUCCUUUGUCGGGAUAACCAAAGUGGUUCCCAUCCUUCUGGCCUCCUCUGUGCUGGUUGCGGGAGGCCUGCUAGCCCUGAGGCUACCAGAGACUCGAGAACAGGUCCUGAUGUGAGCAAUUGGGCAGCAGGGAAAUGAAGAAGAGCUACAAAAAAGAGCCAUGUCUAGAAAAAUUAAAAUGUCCAUUUAUCCUUUGCUGCUGAUACCUCAGCUAUUGGGAGCGGGGGGAACAACCCCUAAUUUAAGAUCACCUCCCAUCCAUGAUUGGCUCUUUGCAACCAGGGUACAUACACACUGCAGAACUUUGCUCAUUUGCUUUAGAUCCAACCCACGCUGGGGAGAGACUGAGGAUCUGUCCUUCCCGGGUAUGCAUGGGCAUAACUGACACAAAAUAUUAACAGCAGCAUUGUGUGUGCAGGCAUCAAAGGGGAGAACAGAUUCAAACCCUUAUAUGCCCUAGGUGAGUUGCAAGAAAACAUCUGCAUUUCCGAGCUGUUUCAGGCAAUUAGCACAAGCUGUCCUGGCUUGCAAAAGAACUGGAAGAUAGUUAACAAACCAACUCUGCUGAGGUUAGGUCUAGCUUUGGGGUCAAGAUUUCCAAAAAUGACUAGUGAUAUGGAAUAUCUUGAUUUUGGGGGGCCCAAGUUGAGACACCUUGCAGGGGCCUGAUUUUUUAGAAGGUAAGUGCUCAGUGCUGUCUGAAAAUCAGACCCCUUUAUAUUAUCUCUAGUUGGGCACCAAGAAUCACUAGUCAUGUUCUUGAUCUGGGAUAUUUUUUAAAUAAAAAAUAUAUCCUAUUUCAAUUUCUAAUUUUAAAUCUCUAUAUUGUUCUCAUCAAGAAGAAUCUAAAACUAAAACAAAACUAAAACCAAGUCCCACUAAUGCAAGACAUCCAGAGCAAUCCCUAGGAAGAGACAUGUCAUUCUUGUCCAGUCAAUAGUUCUUUAAUGGUGUUGAUUUUAGGAUAUUUCUAUAAUAGGGAUUUUUUUCUGCCUAGUUCUGUUUAAGAGAAAUUGGCAUGAUGUUGGGGAUUCUGCAAACCAAAUGUGUAUAUAUUAUGCAGUGUAAAUAGGGGACAAUUUUUGUUUAAAGUCUAGAGUAUGGUAACUACUAGAAUUUACCAGCAUUUUAGCCAUAUUAGUUAAGGAAAAUGAUGUUUGAGUUUCCUAUAGAUUUGGGUCUUAUUGAAGCACUGUAAGCACAAUUACUGUAUUUAUAGCCUUGUAACCUGAUGUCUAGAGAAUGCACUUAGUAAACUUUCAUUGUACAGUACAUUUAAUUGUCUGAUAAGUGGAAUAAUUAAGUUUUAAAUCCUGUAAAGAUCAUUCUUGGAAUUCCUAUAUUCCUCAUGAUAUGACUUUGGCUUUGCCACACAACUAGACACAAAGUGAUACUUUACAGUAGAAUCUCAGAGUUACAAACUGACCGGUCAAUCACAUACCUCAUUUGGAACCGGAAGUACGCGAUGAGACAGCAGAGACAAAAAAAAAUGCAACUACUGUACAGUACAAUACUGUUGUUAAACGUAAACUAUUAAAAAAAGGGGAAAGUUUAAAAAAGAGAUUUGACGAGGUAAGGGUAUGUUUCAUUGAAAUUAAGAUGGUUAAAAGCAGCAUUUUUUAUUCUGCAUAGUAAAGUUUCAAAGCUGUAUUAAGUCAACGUUCAGUUGUAAACGUUUGAAAGGACAACAUAAUGUUGUGUUCAGAGUUAUGAACAAUGUCCGUUCCCGAGGUGUUCGUAACUCUGAGGUUCUACUAUGCAUGUUCAGUUGCAUUUUUGGAUAUAUUUUUUGGAAGCAAGAAUGAAAGGCAAAAAAAUAAACAAUCUUCCACUGCUCUUGACAAUAUAGAUAAUGUUAAUCAGACCGUUAGCAGGCACAGAGGCUGGCUGACAUCUAAUGGGAACCGAUGAGUGACGGGAAAUUUGUGUCACUAUGACAGUUGGUGACAUAAAAAGCUGUUUGGUACUAUUGCCACUGUCGGGUUUGAUGGAGAAGUGGUACAGUGCAAAGGAAAACCAAGGUUCCCAUAUGUGCUUUUAAAAAUCACUGGUUCACAUUUGAAUCCAAGCUGAAAUUUGACAAAAUCCACAGGGAUUUCCCAUUUACACAACACGGCAGCAGUGAAAUGAGUUAUAAUGGCACAGUUACCAUGCAAUGAUGCAUCUUACUACUAGGGAAGAUCACUAAUUUGGCUAACAGAUCACUAGACACUCACAUGCUGAUUGGAUUCUGGAGUUAUGUGGAUCACUUGCUCUUUCUUUCCUCAUCCACCCACUGAGUUGAACUGCUCUGUCCAUGUGCUCCCUCUCCUCUUUCAUGACCUUCAAAAGCCAUAUUGAUCUCCCCCGCUGGGUUCCCUGCCUUUAAGGAUAGGAAAGAGGCCACUCUGAAUCCCCUAUACCUGGGGUUAAAGACUUUGAAGUCUAACUCCUCCGCUGCACAGAGGCAGUUAUAUAUAAGCAGUAACUCACAUUAAUAUUGUUCCCUAAUAGCUGCGGGAUUCAUUCAUGGCACCACUGUCAGGAGUAUAUUUUCUACAGUAGAAGUAUACAGAGUAUAUGUAAAUGAUUGGAAGCAAAUGUUUCUGUGACUCCUUGCCCCGACACUAAAUCUCCAUUGGGUUUCACUGUUCUGUGGUCGUCUCAAGCAAGAAAAUUGCAAUAAGUAAUUGUGAAGCUCCCAGGUUACAACUGGCUAUGGAUUUUUCAGAUUUAGGUUGAGGCUUAUGAAAGUGACAAAAUCAUGAGCUGCUGUAAUAAUUCUAGGCUUCUUAUGCCUCCUGUCUUCAAUUUAUGGAUAGCUUUGAGUUUGAACCCUUCUCUACUAGUCUUCAAAAGGGCUAGGUCCAGCUUUCUUUAUGCACAUCACACGGUCCCUCGGAAAGGCUGAAGCUAAUGCUGCUAUGUCCUUUUAAAUAUGGCAACAGUACACGGGCACCUCCUUAACCCCUUCGCUGCUGCUGAGGAUUGUGUCCCAGAAAGCAGUGUUCCUAUCCUUUCCCACUGCUGGAGGGAUCAUAGAAUAUCAGGAUUGGAAGGGACCUCAAGAGGUCAUCUAGUCCAACCCCCUGGUCAAAGCAGGACCAACACCAACUAAAUCAUCCCAGACAGGGCUUUGUCAAGCCUGACCUUAAAUAUGUACUUCAGCGCUGAAGAGAUCACAGACUUUCUUGUGAUUAAACCACUAUCAGGGUGACUUACUCCAUUUGUCCCAGUGUAUUUGGGGAGAAUGUUUCAUGUUCUGGGCAAUUGUGUUGCAUGACUCUGUGAUGUAGAGGUCAUCUUUAUUAAUUUUACUAAGCAUUGUUAGUCAGAUAAGUGUGUAGCGGUGGGACAUUCAAAAGUACUAACCUGACCCGAUUGUGUUCUGCACUGAUUUUGUACGACUGUAGCCACGGUGUUUAUGUUGAAAAACCCAUCAAUUCGCUUCUCAGGAGGCAGAAACUGAGAUCUUCAGUGAUUAGAGAUGGGGAAGUAGGAGAUGGUCACUGAAACUUUAGAAGCCUUUCUUCUUCCGGGGAUUAAUCUUCCCCAGAGUCUGCAUGGUGAAAGUUUGGAUUCCAGAGGUUUGUGGGGACAAAAUACUAAGCAGUAGACAGUGGGUAUCAGGCUUACACUAGCCAGGGGCAUCAGCUAGAUGAUAUAAUAUGCCGGUUGCAACUCUAAUGUCUAUGAAUCAAUCACUCAGAGGUGCACAGGAUGCAUCUUGAUGGAUAGUACAGUCCUUGUCUGUGAACUUUGGACGAGGAGUUCACCAGCCCAGUUCUAACAUGAGAGCUUAGACACACACUGCAUCUGAUAGCUAAUAUCACAGUGCUAGGGAUAUAACAAAGACUGUAGCAUGGGGGAAUAAAACCCAGCUUGUUCUUAUUACAGAGAUCUGUCAAAUCCCUAAAUACACCCUCAACACAUCCCGUUUUUUGUUCACCUGCAGCCCAAUUAGCUCCCUGUAAAGCUGCACCCAAUCAUCCAGUGAUUUUAUCCUCACCCUACUGCAAGGAUUGGCAACCUUUGGCACGUGGCCCAUCAGGGAAAGCCCCUGGCCAGUUUGUUUACCUGCAGUGUCUGCAGGUUCAGCCAAUCGCAGCUCCCACUGGUGCAGGUUCGCCGUCCCAGGCCGUUUAGAGCUGUCUAAACUUGUGUUUCUCUGUAAAUAAUAUCCAGUGUGGUACAUUUAAUGGAAUGUUUCAUGUAGAUGUUCUCUCAGCUGACUCUGUAUGUGUGAAAUGGCCAAUUCCAUUUCCUUGGUUUCUUUUCUUUCUUUUUUAAAAUUUUUUGGUUUGAUCCGUGUCUGACUGUCACUGGAAAAUGGAGUCAUUGCAAUGGACUUUGUUUUUGUUCUGUCACAUUAAAAUCUGGAAGAAAUAAAACAAUUCUUGCUGUGUCCAUGCA